UUCUUUAACUCAAACAAAAAAAAAAAAAAGAGUCACGAUAGCGGCGCGUCAUUUUUACCUCGUCUGCCCGUUGACAUUAGCGCAGCGUCUCAUACAGGUCCAAAAUGGCAAUUUCGACCAGCUUCCUGUUUCUGGCGUUCACUUGUUUUAUGCGUUCAGUGUCCGGCUUGACCAACAGUGAGAAAAACGCUUUCUCAACAGCUGUGACCUUCACCACCGGAGCAUCAGAUUACACGAUCAAUAGCACCGGAUUACCGGAUCAUCAAACCAGCUCCGUGAAUCCGAACAGUGCAACGAACCAGAAUUACAACUACAAGAUACCGCGAACACCAUCCGGCUCGAACAAAUACUGCUUACCAAUGGGACCAAUCGGAAUAGGCACAGCGGACCAACUCAUCGCUGUCGCCUUUGACGGUUUCCCAAUCUACGGCACCUAUGCCUCCGAUCUUAAUCGCAACAUCACGAACGCCGACUUGGACGAAUGCCAUGGAAGGACCGUUAAUGGCCAGUAUCGCUACCAUGUCACAGCUGAGUGGCCAUACUACCUCGGCUGUUUCAGAGGAAGCAUUCUCAGCCAACCAUCGGGGACAAUGUUGAACGUGCCUACCUCGGUCGUUUGUACUAACACAGCAGCCUCGCACAUGUGCUCGUGUCCUGACGGGAAAACCUAUACGUCCAGUCCGGGUAAUAACUGCACCAAUUCCGGCGGACAACAGGGUAGCAGCCGCCCUCCCCCGUCCACCACUGUAGGAACGGGCAGCAAUGGGAACGGGAACGCUGAGUUUGUGGCAUCACUUUAUGUCGUCUUUGGGAGCUUCCUGCUUUUUGUUUUUUGA